AUGCUGUUAAAACCGUGUUUUCUUACUUUGGCUGUAGUCUUCUUUAUUCCCAAGGGAAGUUGUUUAUUUUCAAGCUCAUCUGAAAUAGGUUUAAAUGGUGUUAGGAAGGCACCCAGAUGGAACUUUCCAUUCCUCGGUUUCGGAUUCAGAUGUAACGGGUGUCCUCCGCGCGGCUGCGAAGACGACGAGGCUAUCAUCCACGGAUAUUGUUGCGGGUGUGCUUAUCCAUUAGACAAGCUGCCCGUGUUAUGUCCGCAGUUCCUGCAAUGUCCGCUCAACUUGCACGGUCUCUGCCACGACUAUGAAUACAUGAUGCGGUGUUGCUGCUAGCCAAAGAGCAUACAUAUUAUUUCUUGUGCAUG